CGCUGCCCGUGCCCCCUGAGGGAACGGGGCCGGCCGCCCCCCCUCGCGGCGGGCUGGCAGCAACCUGUUGGUCCCGCCGCGGCUGGAGGAGGGCGGGAGAAACCCCCCGCGGCUCGGCGGCGAACCCGCUGACAAAGGCGGAGCAGCGGCAGGGCCAGGGCCGCCCCCCGCUCCCCCCUCCGCCCCCGGCAGCGAGGCCCGGCGGCGCCGGCGGGCAGCGCGGGGCUGGGGCCGGGGCGCUCGCACAAGAUGGCGGUGGGGCGGCGGGAGAACGUGCUCCCCUCUUAAUGCGGCCGCGGCGGCCCCUGCUCCCGGCGCCCGGCGGGGCUUACAUGGCGCUGGAGGACCUGCUUUGUCUCUGCUUCUCCGUCGUCCUGGCCGUGCAAGGGAGGCUCUUGGAAGGUGACUCACUGGAGCUGAGCUGUAGUGCUGGUCCUGCAAAGGUGAUACUGGAGCCAAAUCAAGAUGUGGUUUUGGAUUGUAACCUGGCCCCUGGUGAGCAGGUGAUCAAUAUCACAUGGAAGAAGAAUGGGUUGCCGUUAGUGGAGCAGGAACAUCUGCACCUGCUUCCAAAUGGAUCACUCCUCAUCUCAUCCCAGGCUGUGGCAAAGGACAGUGCAUACCCGGAGAGGGCUGAUGCUGAGGGUAAUUACUCCUGCGUGUCUCACAGCUCCCUAGGAGCUGUCACCAGUCAAACGGCUGCUGUCAGAUUUUCAACAUUAUCACACUUUUCCCAGCAGCCGGAGUCGCAGGCAGUGGAAGAAAAUGGCAUGGCCCGCUUCGAGUGCCGCAUCGAAGGGCUGCCCUCCCCUCUCAUCACCUGGGAGAAGGACCAUGAAGCUGUUCCAGCGGAACCCAGGUUUAUAACUCUUCCAAAUGGUGUCCUCCAAAUCGUGGAUGUGCAGGAGAGCGAUGCUGGGGCUUACCACUGCGUGGCAACCAACGCCGCCCAGAAGCGCUACAGCAACGAUGCAGUCCUCAGUGUCCUGAAAGGUUCCCAGCCAUCAGGAGGAGAUGUCACCAUCAUUGCAGCUCCGGAGAACACCACGGUGGUGGCUGGGGAGAGCGUGGUGUUGGAGUGCAUGGCAGCUGCUGAUCCCACCCCCUUUGUCUCCUGGAUACGGCAGGAUGGAAAGCCUGUUUCCACAGAUGUGAUUGUGCUGGGCCGCACAAACCUGCUGAUUCCUUCCAGCCAGCCCCAUCACUCAGGGGUGUACGUCUGCCGUGCUAACAAACCCCAGACCCGGCAGUUUGUUACGGCCGCGGCUGAGCUCCGCGUCCUUGCCACACCCAGCAUCUCCCAAGCUCCUGAAACCAUCUCCCGCACCCGAGCCAGCACAGCCCGGUUUGUCUGCAAGGCGGAGGGUGAGCCAGCUCCGGCCAUCCACUGGCUGAAGAAUGGUGAAGCCAUCCUCUCCAACGGGAGGGUGAAGGUGCAGAGCAGCGGGAGCCUUGUCAUCAACCAGAUCGGCUUGGAGGAUGCUGGCUACUACCAGUGCGUGGCCGAGAACAGCCUGGGCAUGGCUUGUGCCACUGCCAAGCUCUCGGUGAUCGUGCGGGAGGGUCUGCCCAGUGCUCCCAAGGAGGUGUCAGCCGUGUCCCUCUCCAGCACCAGCGUCCUUGUGUCCUGGGAGCGACCAGAGUACAACAGUGAGCAGAUCAUCGGCUUCUCGUUGCAUUACCAGCGGGCUAUGGGAACAGAUAACGUGGAAUACCAGUUUGCUGUCAAUAAUGACACCACUGAGUUGCAAGUCAAGGACCUGGAGCCCAAUACCAACUACGUCUUCUAUGUGGUUGCGUAUUCCCAGCUCGGAGCCAGCCGGACAUCCUCUUCCAUCAUUGUUCAGACCCUGGAGGACGUUCCUAGUGCUGCCCCUCAGCUGUCCCUGUCGAGCAUGACUCCUGGUGACAUCCGUGUGACAUGGCUGCCACCUCCUCCAGAGCUGAGUAAUGGCAAGAUAACAAAGUAUAAGAUUGACUACUGCACCCUCAAGGAAGAUCAGGUAACCUCCAUUGAGGUGGGUGGAAACGAGACACAAAUCACCCUCUACUCGCUCCACCCCAACAAAGUCUACAAAGUUCGCAUCGCCGCCAGCACCAGCGUGGGCUAUGGAGCACCUUCUGAGUGGACUCAGCACCGCACCCCUGACAGAGACAACCAGACACAUGUUCCUUUUGCCCCGACAGAAUUAAAAGUGCGAGCGAAGAUGGAGUCUCUGCUGAUAACGUGGCAGCCCCCAGCCAACCAUGCCCAGAUAUCUGGCUACAAGCUCUACUACCGAGAAGUGGACCCAGAGGAAUCCAGUGACAAAAGCCCUGUGGAUGGUGCUGAAGAUGAGAGCUGGGAUGUAGGACCCAUAAAACUAAAGAAGAAAGUGAAGCAGUACGAGCUGACUCGACUAGCUCCUGGGAAGCUCUAUGAGGUGAAGCUGGUGGCAUUCAAUAAGCAUGAAGAUGGUUAUGCGGCGGUUUGGAAGGGCAAAACAGAAAAAGCACCUGCAACAGCAGUAGAUCCUCCUGUGCAGAAGGGUCCUCCACUGCCUCCAGUCCAAGUCUAUGCAGAGUCCAACAGCUCAACUUCCAUCUGGCUCAGGUGGAAAAAACCUGACUUCACCACAGUCAAAAUUGUCAACUACACUGUACGCUUCAGCCCUUGGGGCCUGAAAAAUGCCUCUCUUGUUACAUACUACACAAGCUCGGAUGAGGACAUUCUCAUCAGUGGGUUGAAGCCCUACACCAGGUAUGAGUUUGCUGUGCAGUCCAAUGGCGUUGGCAUCGAUGGGCCCUUCGGCAGUGUGGUGGAGCGAUUCACCCUUCCUGACCGUCCCUCAACUCCUCCAUCUGACCUGCGGCUGCACCCACUCAACCCCUAUGCUGUGCAGGUGCAUUGGUGCCCUCCUGCUGAGCCAAAUGGCAUCAUUGUGGAGUACCUCAUCCUCUACAAUGCCAACAACACGCAGCCUGAUGACAUGUGGACCUUGCUGACACGAGAAGGAAAUAUCUUCAGCACUGAAGUGCAUGGUCUGGAAAGUGAUACCAGAUACUUCUUCAAGAUGGGAGCAAAGACAGUUGUGGGAUCUGGUCCCUAUUCAAACGUUAAGGAUGUGCACACCCUCCGGGAAAAGCUGUCUGAUGUUCUGGAUAUCCACUCUGUCACAGGAAUCAUCGUGGGAGUCUGCCUGGGGCUGCUCUGCAUCCUCUUCUGCAUGUGUGCCAGCUUCCGCAACAGCAAGCACAGGGAGGCCCUGCCAGGCCUGGAUUCCCAGGCAGCUGGCAACCACACUUACUACCACCGCAGCAGGCAAGGGGUGGCAGCUCCCAGUGCCACCUUGGACUCACAUGAGCUAGAGUCUCUGAUGUCCCCACUCCCGGAGGAUGCACCCAUGCCCCUGGGGGACAUCACAGAACUGACAGAAGUGCACAGCCUCGUGCAUACAAGCCUCCCUGAGGACACCAUCCAUGUGAAGAGGAAGUCUUCAUGGAAUAAAUCAGCCAGCCAGCCCUGGACAAACAGCAUCACCAGAUACGGGGACACAAUCACAAAAGAGCCUCUCUCUGCUGUCAAUGGCUCGCUGAAGCUCCCUUCCAGCGCGGGACAGAAGCUUUUGUUGCAAGCCCUGGUUUAUGAUGCUGUCAUGAAUGAAGCAAAGAAAAGCCACUCACCAGCCAACCUCCACCAAGUGGAAGCAGAGGUCAUUGUCCAUUCUGAUUUUUCAGCCUCUGAUAGAGACUACGACUCCCAGCUGCACACCCUGGAGAGCGAAGAGACAGAAACUGAGGACCAGGAGCCCAAAGAGCUCCCGUCUGGAGAGCUGCCUCUUUCUGGCUUUCCCAGCACCCAGCAGGACACUAGCCAAGUGUUGGUGGACUGCACAGGCAAUGCUGAGGUUCAGGCCCAGGAUGAGCCAUUGUGUCCCAACAGACAGACUAACAACACAGAGGCCAUUGGCACCCGUGUGCUCACCAAUGGCUUCCACAGCCAUGGAGAGAGUCUGGAUUUGGUGGAGAGCGGAGAUUCAGACUCCAUCCAGGAAGGCAGGGAGAGUGUACAGCCCCUCAAGUGCCAGUCACUUUCCCCAGCCCCUGAAGAGGGCCCCCUCUGUAGUAACUCUGGUUUAACCAGUUCAUCCUCAGCAUCUGAGAACACGGCAUGUGUCCACAGUCAUUGAAGAGUGACCCAAUCUGAUUUUGACCAUGGGAGAGCUUGAAGUGCUAGGAGGGGCCUGUCCCUACGAGGUUCUGCAUGCCCUUGACUCAGCCCAGCAGCAGCCAAGAAGGUGCAACAUCUCACCAGAGCAGGAUUUGGACCUGGCAGCUCUAGGGUACUGCAUUCAGGAGACCAGUAGGUAGAUGGGUAACCACCCAUCUUCUUCCUGCUGAAGCUGAUGAGUAACUUCAUGUGUGUGGGAGCAGAACUGAGCCAUCUGCCAAAGCCUGAUGCGAAACCACAGCUAGAACAGAGCCUUCUGCAUCAGACCGGGGCUGUCACAGGUGACUGGCAAAGGCUCUUGUGAGGCUGGGCAGAGGCGGAGCACACCGAGCCACGCUGCUCAGCUGUCUCUUCACCAGGCAGCCUCUUGGCGCUCCCAGCCUCGAGAUGAAUUUUGUCAGAGGAGUCCCACAAGGGGGUGGAAGCCAACACAAACAGACUCGACGGGCUGUAACCACCAGGCUUUUCUGCCCUCCCGUGGUUAAAAGGAUGAUAAGGCUCUCUCUGUGUGCUACCGCAGUAACUCUCGCUAGCAGGCUGAUGUAGUGGCCUUUUAUUACACACUCUACGAGUGCCUCUAACAACUUGUACUAUAUAGAACCUUCUUCAGUGUCUGGGUCAUUCCACCAACCUGGACUUCAUUUUAUGUAGGUUGUUGUACCUAAUAUUUUAGGUACACAUCUGUCCUCUUAAUGUACAACAUGUAUUUUUAUUUCCCCCCAAACAUCUUUAUAUUAUUUAAUUUUAUAAAGUGGAGUAGUGUGUGGUGUAGAGUAGCAUUUUUACUACUUCUCUCUUUCUUUUUUUUUUCCUCUUCCCUAACAACACAACUACCUCAUGUCUGUUGGAGAAAAGAAGCAGUAGACCUACUCCUUUGUUAUAGUCCAUUGUAGGUUUUAACUUAUUCUUAUACUGCCUUUUUCUAAAGAAUAUGUUUGCACUGGUUGUUGACUCUUUUUUAAUGUGUAGUGCUCCAGAGCUGAUGUCUCACUUGCUGUGCUCCUAAGUGUUGCUGUAGGGCACUCUCCCUAUGGCUGCAGAGUUGGGUUGUGUUUCUCUGUAGGGUUUUGCAGGAGCUGGCCAAAGGAGACCGCUUCAGCUGGCAGGACAUUGAUCCGUCGUUCCCUAACCAGCUCACACUAGCAAAGAGAAAAAAGAACCAACAGCUGCAAAAGUAAUUAGUGAUCUUGGAGGCGUCUGUUUCUCCUUUUGUGCCCAUCUGGAGGCAUCUCAGAUGAUUUUGAUUUCCAGAGAGCAACACUCAACCUCCUGCAAGCAGUGGAACUGCUGAAGGCUUUGGAUGGACACGUGAAAUUUCCCAGUUGUUUCUGAGAGUCCUGGCCAAAGAGCUUUGGAGGUUUGCCUUUUUUUUUUUUUGAGAGUAGAUCACCCCCAGAGCUUUAAAGUUAAAAUCAAAUCUUUGGUCUUGUACCAGUCCAUCUGGUUAGAAAAUCAUCCAGUGACUCUUCUUUACUGACACCUGCUGCUGACAUGUCCUUCAGCCUGGCCUUCUGGUGAACAUUCCUCUACCAUCUCUCUAGCCUGACUCUGCCCUGUUCCAGGCUUGCACAGCCACAGACCAGAGCAGCUCUUUGGACACAGCAGGCUGUUUGGUAAAGGUUCUGCCAUCCUGGAGAUCUGGCCAUUUGUUUAAAAAAUGAGGGACAAGAUACCCAGCUCCCUCUUCUCUUAAGAAAAUUCAUCUGAAGCUGUGCAGGGAGCUGUGUGCUGACUGAAGAUCCUGAAAGAGACUUCACAUGUUGUCUUUUGUGGUGAAACCUGGUCUGAGGUACCACUGCUUGCAGCAAGGAGAACACCACCAGCACACUCUGCCUGCUUCUGUUGUGAAGAGCCAUGGCACAUUGUGUUUGGAGCUGAGCUAGACCAGCCUGUGUCCUUAUGAUCCUACAUCAAACUCCAUUAGCUUCAGCCCUUCAGUAGAGAAGUACCUCCAAGUCUCCAUGUACCCUGUUGGGAAGGACAGUGGAGCUUCCACCUCUCCUUAUCCUACAGCAUCUCCUCCCACCAUGAGGUUCUGGUAAAUGGCUGCAUUUCCAGUUGUUGCACUUGCUCUCUUGCUCCAGCUGCUGCUGGGUAUCCUGGGGACUCUUAGAAAUGCCUGAAGUGCCACGACUCCAGAGGACUCUGGCACAAAGACUUGAAAUCAGUGCCAGUGAGUAGGCUGGGUAGGAGCUAGUGUGCAUGCACUACCAGAGCAAAGAGGCUGGAGAAGGCAAGAAAUCAGAGGAAGUGUGCCUGAUGAACUGAGUGCCACCAGACUUUGAAGCUGAUGACUCGGCAGGGUUAGCAGUAAGGUGGUGUUUCUGCAGGCAGUGAGGGCAGUUCACAGCUGUGUGGCAGAGGUACCAACACUCCAGCUGGGGGAGUGCCAGCUGCUAGUUGCAGAGGAUGAGGGAGGGUCCUGCAGCUGGACCUCGGUUUGCAACUAACUUCAUGGAAGAGACCUUGACCUUCCCCAGUGUCAGGACAGACUCUGUACAAGCCAUGUUGCCACCACUGAUGUGCAGAAAGGGAGAAGGACCCUACUCCAGGGGAACCCCUGGUGACUUCCUUUCACCUCCAAACCAACUUAUCCACCUGCAGUCAUGACAGUAUGGUGAAGGACUGCUCCUGCUGAGUUGAGGCCAGCACUGGGAGGAGUUUGGCCAACAGUAGGUAUGACCAGGACACCUGAGUUCUGUCUCCCUGUUGUGACACUGUAUCUGGCACAGGUCAUGUACCAGCUCUCAGCUUUCCAUCCAGGGGCCUGUGGGGAUGGAGGCUCAGUCCUGUGGCUGGCCCCAGUUUCUGGGGCAUUCCUUUGUCUGUGCACCCUCUGCUUUGUCUGCACCGAUUUUAGCAGUCCUCUAGCCAUAGGGUGAGUGUUGCUGAUCUGCCUGUCACCAAAGCCCACACAAGCAAGCAGUGUGGCACCGUUCCCCUGGAUCACCUUGGGCUGCUCACAAAACCACCAGGUUAGUCACGUGCUCCAAGAGCUUUGGAAGAAAUGCAGCAGAGUGCAAGCACUUUCAUUUAUGCAUCACAAAAAUACUUUAUCUCCUCGUGCUGAGGCUCCUUCU